UCCUAUUAUAUUGGGAGAAUUGGCGCCCAUCGACACGCUGUUCUCACUGUGGUCGAGGCGUGGUGUCAGGUUCCGUCUUUGAAGAAGAUAGGCCUUGUUCGCAAGGUCCCGCCAGCCGCUGCUCGCAUAGUUGAGCAAUCAACAGAGGGUAUCGACCCGUACAAAAUGGGUAUGGAUAUCUGUAGGCGGCCUUUGGAACCCAAUGCGGCACAAAAGUGCCUGCACGCAUUUACGGAUAUCGACUUUAAGCGCGAUCUAAGAGCCUCGAUCGCCGAAAAGAGCUUGGAUUUCAACAGAGUGCAUGCGGAACUCUUACUCCUGGAGGAGUUCAGCCGCCAUGAUCAUAAAUUUGUUGACAACGGCAGGUACAUAGGGUGUAGCAAGGGUGCGUGCUACUUUUGCUAUAAAUGGAUUGUGUUGCACCACAAAGACUUUGUCAGUCCGGCUAGCCACAACAAAGUCCUUCUCGGAUUUCGAGGGUUAGAUCAAGACCUCAAUACCAGUGGCGCCACGCACUUUAAACGCCAGCUGGAGAAAAUGAUUGGUGCUGUUGAGCAGGAUAUCAUACGUCAUCUCGAUGUGCAUUCCACCAUAACUCGUCAACAUUUAUCGACCAACGGCUCGAGUCGAGCCCCUAGCACUAGAGCUUCUUAA